UUUCAACAUGGCGGACUUUAUUGCUGAUUCAUGCUCUUUAAAAUUUUAACGUUAUCAGUCGCUAGAUGUUGCUGCUAGAUCGAAUUUUAAAAUUGUCAGAAACACCUGAACCUGUCAUGGUGAUUUACUAUGAUAAAAUACAAUUUGAGCCGUGAAAUAUCGGCUUGUCAAAGACAGCGAGCUUUACUUGUUACAACUGAAAUAUGGGAGUGAAAGGGCUUUGGAAACUCUUAGAAUCUGUUGGACGGCCGGUAACUCUGGAGUCGCUUGAAAACAAAAUGCUCGGAGUUGGUAUCCUUUUCAAGUUAAAUUUAGUUGUUUAUAUUAUAUUUUAAUUAUUUAGCCGACAAGAUCUUUUGUUUUGUUACUGCAAAGUAUCGACUUAACCAUUAACUCCAAUAGGUGAUUGACAUGUAAGUUCUCCCAAUAAUAUUCAUACAUUAUCCAAUCAGAUCGUGGGAGUUUAAGGGUUAAUUUCUUGGCUUCAGUUUGACAAAGCCUUUUUUUCAAUAUAUUUUGUCGUUUUUGUUUGUUUUGUUUUGUUUUUUCUUUGUGUCUUUUGUUUUUGGUUAUGCUUUUUGUUUGUUUGGUUGUUGUUACCAUGGGACUUUUGGAUAAUCUAUAAGAACUGGCUAGCACUUAACCCAAAAACUACCCAGCAUCUAAUUUCUCCUAAUAGUUAUACUUCUGAAUCAUUUAUUAAGAUAAUCAGAAUAAGAUCACCAACCUGGGAAGCUUUGAUUGUUUACCCUUUAACUCCCAAGAUCUGAUGGUAAUUCUCCUCUCUAGUUGCUAGACGUACCCUUGUAAAUUAGUUAUGAGAGUUUGGUGCUAGAUCAAGGUAACAACUUCUACCUGAUAAGUUUGAAUAUUCUCAUCAGCUGUUUGCUGGGUAAUGUAAGGAUAUUAUUAGGAGAAGUUUCAUGUUGAUCAAUUCUUGGAGUUAUAGGGUUAAACAAAUUCUCCUUGUCAGCACCAAAUGUAGAGGAAAGAGUAUGGAGAAUGAGGAUACUGAUGUCAGUUGAAUGAUGUUAUUUACUCAAAAUGAUGAUAAAUGAUGCUGAUGAUUAUAAAUUAUAUGAUAACUGACAGACAGCUGGUUCCCUUUCAUUAGGAGUGCUACUAGUUAUUACUGGUUUGCGGCAGACCGACGUCAUUUAUUCUAUUCCUUGCAAUGACUGUGACAACAUAUACAUCAGACAGACCAAACGUCAGUUUGGUAUACACUUGAGAGAACAUCAAAAAGUGGUUUUCUUUUGCAAAAAAAAAAAUUCAGCUUUAUUGGAGCACACAUGCCUAACUAACCAUACAAUUGGGUGGGAUAAAUCUAAAAUUGACACCACUAAUUGGCGUUACCACCAGUGCCUUUGUUUGGAAGCUUGGCAUAUUAACUCUGCCCAUGCUCCUUCAAAUUGUGACAAUGGUGGCUUACUUCCUGAUGCCUAUUUACACCUUGUCAGAAAAAAAGGAGCUAAUUAGUGAUCAUAUAAAAGGACCUCUUGUUGCAGGGUUUAGAUCACCCCUGAUGAAGGCGCUAGUGUUGAAAUGUUGGGUCUAUGAAUUGUAACUUCUUCAGUUGCAUUCAUUAAAUCUGUAAAUUAGAGUAGCAUCAAACUAUGUCUGAUACAGUGAUCUCUAAUGAGUUAUAAUCUGAAACCCUUAACUUGUGAAUAAUCAGAUGCCAGUGUGAUCUUGAAUCAAGCUGUAAAGGGGAUGCGUGAUAAGCAGGGAAAUCCUGUUCCUAAUGCACAUCUCAUUGGCUUGUUCAGUAGAUUAUGCAAACUGUUGUAUUACAGGAUUAAACCAGUUUUUGUAUUUGAUGGUGGAGUGCCUCAUCUCAAGAAAAAGACUCUGGUAAGAUAUCAAUAACUUGUCUCCCCUUCCCUUGUGUUCAAAAGAAACAACAGUAUUCCUAACUAUUUCCUGUGCAUGUCACUGUUUUCAGACAUGACAACUUCUAAAAUUUUUCUGAAAAAGGUACAUUUACUACUAGUACUUGAAAAUAUACCUUGCUGGAGUCUCGCAAUAGGGGAAACCUUGCAAGAAUGUCAAAUGUUAGCCUCAAAAAUGUAGUACAUGUAACAGUUAUUGUAACGCUGUGAUUAAAUCACUGAAAAGUUGUCUUCUUUUCCUGUGUAACACAAUAACCCAGCUGUCAAUAAGUUCAAAAGUAGAAGCAAAUGGAACAGUAGGUGUCCAGGUUACUGUGGAUGCUAUGUUGUUUUGUGAGAUCAAACUAAUGACAAGGAAGUAUUCUGCUGAAAUUUGUACAAUGAUUAACAAAGUUUGUAUGAACCAUUAAACAAAAUUCGGAUUGUGAAGUGGAUUCACACAUGUAUUAAACCUGUUGUUGGUAAAUUAUAGAUUCAAUUCCAUUCAAAACUGGGAAAUGUCUGCUGCACUAAGUUAUUCAUCUUUUGCUAAUAUAUAGAUUUAGCCAAGCCUAAAAGGGGAGCUCGCAUUUUUUUUUUUUUUCCCCACAUGUCUCAACGCCUUGCCCCGGCCAGGACUAGAACCUGGGUGGUCCAACUCGGAGCCCAGUGCACUGACCACUGGACUACUGGACAAAGCCGUGGCAUUGGCAUGCCUGUGGUACAGUUGACCACGCUGAUAAAAGUUGCAUCUUGUACAGUCAUACAGUCGUACAUCCAAAUUUUUUCAGCUUGAUGGGUUACUACUAUUUUGUAUAAUUAUGGGGCUACACAAGCUCCGCUAUAAUCGUUAUGGUAAAUAAGGUUUAAGUAAGAAACUAAAGAUGGCAGAUUCACCUAUGGUUUUGGCUGGUUAUUAGCUCUUGUUGAUAGCUUUGAAGAAUUUCUCAUAAGAAAUGAGUUAGCCAUGUAAAUUGAGCAGUGAUAUAGCAUGUUUCUACUGAACGUUCAUUGUCUGGCAGUAUCUUCAAUUUUGGCUCAAAUGAAAUGACCACAGCAAUUUGGUACAUGUGAAUGUAAAUUGUUUGAAGUGUUAGCUUACUUUUACAUAUUUCCUUGAGAGGAUUGAGUUUGUAAGGACAUUGUUUGGUAUUCUGUCUUAUGAUAAUUACUUCCUUACCUAAUAUUUUUAAUUUUUCUUAACACAGGCAGCAAGAAAGGAACAAAGAUUUAAAGCUGUUCAUAAGUCAAAAAGAGCUGCAGAAAAGAUCAUCAAAAAUUAUCUGAAGGCCAAAGCUCUUGAAACUGUCACAAAGAGGAAGAGGUACUUUAGACCAUAAACAGUUGGUAGGAUAUUUUGAUUUGCUUAGUUGUUAAUCAAGAGAAAUUCCAACUAAUAUAAACAAGUGAGGGUACUGAUUAGUUUCCAAGAAAGGCUAAUUGCUUGUUGCUCUAGACAAUCAAGGGAUUACUCAUUGGUCAAAACAUGACCUCUUUAAUCCUUCUCCUUUUCAGCUUUUUUUAUAACAAAGUUGAAAAAAUUCUUGGUAAGAUAAUACACCUUUUUUUUUAGUUCAGCUGUCCCUGUAAGAAGUAGGAGCCCAAGAGAACCUGAUGUGUUUGAACUUCCUCCUCUGCCAUCAAGUGCUGUCACAGAUGCUAAGAGGUGGGCAAAGAUCUGAACAUUAAUUCUCACUAUGAGGAUUGUUAAUUUUCUUGUAAGCUGUUUGUGAGAAUUUGGUAUUAUACCAAUGCCAUGUCUUUUAAUUGAUGUUUUAUCAGUUCUCAUUAGCUGACCUCUCUCUAGUAUGUUAACACUGUUAGGGAGAAUUUACAGGCUGAGUACUUUUGGAAGUGCCAAAAGUAUCAAAGUCAUGGCAGUUUUUUAUCUCUCAAAGCUUGCCUUGAUAGUUUGGAAAGCAAAGACUUUGAACAUGUCUGCAUGAACAUGCAGACAUGUGCUCAACCUUGGCAUUGUUUUUCAUCCAUGUUGGCUGUCAUUGCAGAAGUAUGUGAAGACUCGUUUAUCAUGUAUCAUAAAAAUGUGAGCAGCAACUUCAAAAAGUAUCUUUGCACUGAUAAAACUGGAUAUUUUGGUUCUGAUUUCACCCAUAGUUCAUCAGAAGAUGAAGACAUGGACAUUCCUAUUUUAGAACAGUUCCACAGGCAACAUUUAGAGGUAUUUUCUGUGAAUCUGACUAAAAUUCAAAUUUUCAGGUGAAAUGUAAUUCAUAAAAAAGUCUGAUCACAUCACAUCACAUCACCUUUAUUUCACCUUGGAUUUACAAGGAAAAAAAAUCAGAAAAUAAAUAAAUAAAAAUAAAAUUGUAUAUUAUAUACAGUACAUUAACUACUAUCUACAUAAGUAACAAUUGUAUUGAUGUUUGAAAGAAAUUUGGCAUAUUUUAGUUCUGAACUCAUUCAAGGACGUUAAUAGGUCCUCUGUUAGUUUGUUCCACAUGUUUGCAGAAGUGUAUCUGAAGGAAUGAAGACGAUAAGUGGUUGUGUUAAUGUAUAGGAUAACAAGUUUCCUUAAUCCUCAUGGGUUGCGUUCAGUAUUUCUCAUUUAAAAAAGACCACAUAUGUACUUUGGCAUCACUUCAAACUAGAUUUCCUUAAAAACUGUUUUCAUCAUGUCUUGGCAACUGAUACUAUACAGAUACAGAUCACUAUACAGAUCACUAUACAUACAGAUUACUAUGCAGAUCACUAUACAGAUCACUAUACAGAUCACUAUACAAAUAACUAUACAAAUCACUAUACAGAUCACUAUACAGGUCACAUAAAAAAACAAACAUUUGUACUCUUACAGUAAAUGGUUUGAACCUGGGAGUAACAUGUAAUAGUGUAGUUUGAUCGUCCGGGUGAGUGUAGUCCUGAGAAGGACAGUUGUCAGUAGUGGUGACUGAUGUUUUGACAACCUUUACUCUUAUUUCUGUCAGGAAACUUUUCAGGAUCCCAAAGCAAUAGAUAUUGAUUCAGAAGAGUUUAAAGCUUUGCCCCCAGAGAUACAACACGAACUCAUUAAGGACAUAAGAGAGGAAAAAACAUGGAUGAGCAAGAAUAUUCUGCCUGGGGUAAGGGAAGCCACACUUUUGAAUCUUUUUGUUUCAAUACUGUUGAAAAUUUUUGUGCCACAAGACUAUGCCUUGAGAAGAAGACAUCCAUUUUAACCAUUUAACUCCUUAGAGUGACCAGCAUCUACUUUCUCCUUACAAUAUCACCCCUGAAUCACACAUUAAGGUCAUGAGAAUAAGGGAAAUGAUCAACAACUAUAGAAGCUCUUGAUUGUUAAACAAAUUCUCCUCGUCAGCAUCUUAAGAAAUGUAUAGGGAAUGGUGUGGAGAACUUGCAUGCUGAUGUUAGGGUGUGAAAUGGUAGUGGUUCACUUGUAAUUUGUACAACCGUGUGGUUCUAUUUUCCACAUGGAGAAAUGACAGCAAUGUUAUAAUGGUGGUAAUGCUGACAAAGGCAGUGAUGACUGCAGUCAAAGUGGCAUUGACAGUGGUGGAUCUGAGGGUAUGAACAGGAUGUCUGGAUUUCCUUCAUUAGACUUGUCAGAAAGUUCCUUUUAAAACUAUACAGGGGAAUUUGAUGUUGCAACACCAUAACACCCUCUUGUUGAUGAGUUUUUCAAUUCUCCACGCCUGACUGCAAGAUAUUCUAUUAGAAUUGUAAGGAGAAGUUAUCAGAUAAUCACUCUUGGGAGUCGAAGGGUUAAUACUUGUUUGACACCAAAAUUCAUGCAAAGACAGGAUUGCGUUUUACCACUCAGUAUAUAGUAUUCAAAAUGUACUUGUCUUAAAUUCGUUCUCAGCUUGUUAAGGCUCAGGUGUAAACGAACAUUUCUGUGUUGCAGCAAGCAAGAGACUUUUCAAGUUUUCAACUGGAAGGAGUCCUAAAACGAGGGAAAAUGAAUCAGCGACUGGAGGACUUGCGUAAAGAAAUGAACCAAAGAAACUCCGGGGAGCUGACAGGAAUUGUAUCUGAUGAAACUGUUGGGGAGGAAAGCGCCGUUAACUCACAAAAGAUUUUAUCAGAAGACACGGCGCACUACAUUCUGAUAAAGCGCAAUGAACAAGAAGUAAAGCAAUCUAAAGAUUUCUCAGAUGAGGGCGGCUUCUUUCGGGAAGACCAGGAGGGUGAAAUAGUGACUUGGACCAAUCCUCGCCCGAAGCCCGUCUCCCCGACAAAAGUUCCAAGCUUUGAAAUUCAUGAUCUUUGUUCUAGUGAUUCUGAGAUUUUGUCGCCAUUUCUGGAUGUUCCAGAAGCUGAUCUUUCACCCUCAAACUCUCAAGCGCAGAGAGGUACUUUUAGUUUCUCCCCAAUAAAAGACAAGGGUAGAAUUGAGAACGAUGAGCUAAGCAUGGAUGAAAAUGUUACGAAGAUAACUGAAGCUCCAAUACAGAAAAGCCAGACAUACCACACACCCUUACCAGGAAGCGAAGACGCAAAAAGCGUCGAUAAAAAAUCUAAAAUAGACAAUCUCCAUGACUUAAGCGAUCAUGAAGCUAAAGUGGCGUUCUUUGGAGAGGAUUCGGACGAAGAUAAUGAGCUGCUUACUCAGAUUAAAGACAAGAAAAAAGAGCUGGAAGAUUUAUUAAGGAAAUGGAAAGCCUCAAAACACCAGAAAACGGCUGAUGAUGUAAUUACCCCCUCAAAGGAUGACCACAAUGUAGCAGAAGUAAAUGAGAUAGAACUGCUUGAACGCUCUCCAGAAUCUGUCGAAGUAUUUAAUGUCUCCGAAAGAAAGCCAGAGUGCUACGUUAUUGAAGAGACAGAAAACCCUCCUUCGACUUUAAUUAUUGAUGAUCAAACAGAGAGUAAAGAAAAAACUGUCGAUACUUUACAUGUUUGUGAAAGUGAAUCAGGAACAAGUUCAGUGGAAGAGAUUAGAGUUGCUGUAAAAUCCGAAGAAGGUUUUUCAGAGAAUUCAAAAAUAUCUUUCUCUGAUACCUUACAAGAAACUCGAAAUCCAGAUCCUAUUUUUGAUAUUGCUGAGGAAGAAAAGAGAACGCUUUCUACAGAUAGUUCACCAGAAAUUCAAAUUAUACCCUCCCCUAAUGGCGAUACUACUUCCGAUGUUAUCGAGGAUGAAAAAAUUCCCUCUUCUCUAGAUGUUCAGCGAGAAGCUCAAACCACACGAUCAGAAGAUACUACCGCUGACACAAAUCAAGAUCCUGAUAUCAAAGUCACUCAAAUUGUAGAAAAACAAGAUUCUGCUGAGAAGAGUAGAGAUAGAAUGGAUGUUGGUGAACCUGUGCCAGGGCCAUCUGGUCUUCCUGUGGAAUGGCAAGGUGCUACAGUGGUAAGAGAAAAAAAUCUCUGGUAAACAUGCAGACAUUGAAAUACAGAUAUGUUACCGCGAGAUAUUCCCGUUAUGUAUUGAUGUACCGCAACUUUCCACCGAGAAUAGUUAGCAAUAGUUGGCUAUAGCAGCUUGCAUACUUAGGUAAUGGUCUUAAAGUCGACGGUAAACUGAAUCAGGAAGAUCAAAUUUUAAAUUAGCUCUAACGGAAUAUGAUGUUGACGAUAAUAUAUAGAUUUAGCCAAGCUUAAAAGCGGAGCUCGCAUUUUUUUUCCCGCAUGUCUCAAGGGCACAACGCCUUGCCCCGGACAGGACUAGAACCCGGGUCGUCUGACUCGGAACCCAGUGCACUGACCACUGGACUACUGGACAAAGCCGUGGCGUUGGCGUGCCCGCGGUACAGUUGACCACGCAUGUUAAAAGUAGCACCUUGUACGGUCGGUCGUACGGUCGUACAUCCAAAUUUUUUCGGCUUGAUGGGUUACUACUAUUUUGUAUAGGUAUGGGGCUACGCGAGCUCCGCUAAAAGUCAUAUUGUGUGUGAAGCUGAAGCUUUUGGGAUACUUAGACGGCUUUUUUUCCCACGACAGUGACAACUGUUUGAAAAAUUUUCUCUUUCAAUUGAACUAAACGUGCACCUUCUUUCUAACUCUCUUCCUCCUAAUUUUGGCUUUUAGGAAGAGUUGGAAGACAUACGGUUGAAUAUCGAAGCAGAACAGCACUCUUUGGCAUCAGAACAAGCUCGACAGAACCGCAUCGCAGCCUCAUUGUCUAACGAAAUGUUCGCAGAAUGUCAAGUAAGGAUUGACUUUAAUUCAUGCUGAUAUGUAAAGCCCCGGCUAAACGAUCAAAAUAAUUUUUUCGCUAAAUAUUGGAUGAAAUGAUUGAUCUAGAUCAAUGUAACUGGGAAGCGUUUCCCUAGCGAUGUUGAGAGAGGCGGCUAAACAGUCAAAAAUGCUCUUUCAUCAUGAUGUUGAACGAAAAAAGUUUGAUCGUUUAGCCCAGGUGUCACAGGAUUUAGUGAGAGUUCACGUGAACCUUAGGAAGAGUGCACUCUGGAUCGAGAGAUCUGGGGUCCUGUCCAGGUCGGAUCAUUAUGUUGUGUUCUUGAGCUAGAAGCUUAACUCUCACAGCGUCUCUGUCAGGAAAAUCUGAAGAAAGGCUGAGCCAGGGAUGGAGGGAGGGAGUUAAAUUGUGAAGGGCCAACAUCUCAGCCAUCAGAAGUAUUUCUCUAGUAGAUGUCUAAGGCGCACAUUUGCUCGCCAGCAUAUCGUUUCUUGUACCAUGCGGUAGCUUUAAUUACAAAGAGCUUAUCACUAACUAGCCCACCGAUGUUAAAAACUGUGGUUACCCCUACUCUCUCAGUAGAUACAGCAUUGACUUUUUGUCCUCUUCCCUCCCCUUCCCCAGGAACUUCUUCAGUUGUUUGGUGUCCCAUAUCUUGUCAGCCCAAUGGAGGCCGAGGCACAAUGUGCAACAUUGGAUAUACUUGGUUUAACAGAAGGUUCCAUCACGGAUGACAGCGACAUUUUUCUGUUUGGUGGUAGACGAGUUUACAAGAACAUAUUCAACCAGAACAAGCAUGUCGAGAUGUACGGAAGCGAUUCAGUGCUUCGAAAUCUUGGUCAGUAUUUGUUUUUUUACCUUCCAUGGAGCGCUUUUUUCUGUGGAAUGUCGAGCGUAAUUCAUGAUGGCAUUUGUUUUCUUCCCUUCCCUGCUAAUUGGUACUUUGCUGAGAGUUUUUGUCUAAGCCGUUCUUUACAUUCCAGCUCUGGACCGUUCAAAUCUCAUCUGCAUUGCUUUCAUUACCGGAAGUGACUAUACUGAAGGCGUGCCAGGUAACUUUGACUUAAUAUUUUGUCAUAUUUAUUUAAUUAUUCAUUUAUCUUUUAAUGAUCCCACCGCGUUACAGGUACAAUAAAAAAUUCGACUCUCCUCUCCCUCGUGACUUGCCCAUGCGCCCAUUUUGACGCCAUCUGUGACCUAUUGCUGCACAGACGCACGGUACCACGGAAGCUAUUUGCUAAAUUAUCUUUAAUCGGCUUUUGAAAUUUCCUCGAAUAUUAUUGAGAAAGAGAGUGGCAGCCGCGUUUGUUUUGUAUUCUCUGUUUAUUUGUAUUUUUAUCUAUUUGUUAAUUUAUUUUUUAAUCAGGUGUUGGAACAGUUGGAGCGAUGGAACUUCUUCACGAAUUUUCAGGUGAAGGCCUUGAGGGACUGAAAAAGUUCAAGUAAGUUGACGUCUUUGGUAACUGGAGCUCCUCCUGCUUUUAUUACAAUUAACCCUUUAAACCCUAAGAGUGACCAGCAUCUAAUUUCUCUCUACAAUAUCAGCCUGAAUCACACAAUAAGGUCAUGAGAAUUAAGGAAAUGAUCACCAACGAACGAAGCUUUUGAUCAGUAAGCAAAUUCUCCUUGUCAGCACAUUAGGAAAUGUAUAAAGAACAGUAUGGAGAAUAUGCACACUGAUGUUAGGGUGUAAAGGGUUAAAAACAAAAAAAGGAACACUCUCCUCCAGGCCUCCUCGUCUUCCGAAAAGAGUUUUGGGAGAUGUUAAAUUGAGUGACUUGCUGCCAGUCUGGAAAAAGGAUUCGAACCAAAGACCGUCACUUUACCCGAAGAAUGCCUAAGUUAAGUAAAAAAAAAGAAGGAAUCUAUGUUGUUGUGUCUGUUCAGUAAUAGAUCACAGAUGGUGUCAUAAUUUGGUAAGAACGAAAAAGUGGACCACGAAGCGCAGCCGAGUGUGUCACUGAUGUUCUUAACACAUUUUGUGCCUUCUGUUAUUUUCUAAACAGAUACACGGUAACAUGGAAUGUAGAGAAAGAUGUUUUUAGUCUUGUCACGAGCGUGGGACAAAGAACAAAUUCUGAGUCUCCAUAGGGAAUCGAACCUCAGACAUUCGGAUUCCGUGCUCCGAUGCUCUACCGCUGAGCCACAGAGACUCUACGGGCUCAAAACUUACUAUCUCUCUUAUUCUGUUUACAAACUUGGCAUCAAUUUGCUUUACAUAAUAAAGGAGCAAAACAUUAUGAAUGGUGACGUCAUCUAUGCGUCUGUCCUCCCCCAAUAGAUCAUAAGAAAGAACCAAUCAAAUUGCGAACAAAAAUCAGCUUUCUACAUAAUUAACACUCGCUAGUUUUCCGUGGCAAGUGAAAAUGUCAAGAAAAACUCACUUGUGUUAUACAUGAGCGGUGGUUUCUUAAGUGUGUUUGCCCGAGUAUCAAGGAAGAACCGCAAGGAGAUUAUUUCGAUUUUUGUCAACAUCAGAAUUCUUUUCUUUUUGCAGAUCGUGGCACGAGGAAGUACAAAAGCGUACCAAACAUCCGCAAGAAACCAAAGUCAAGAGAAAAAUGGUAAGAGAUUAAAUCGGACUUGAGCAAGGUUGGUCGUGGUGUAAAUCUGAGAGAAUGACUCGCGCAAAAGGUGAUAUACAACUCAAAAUGUUGUCGGCUCCUUCAUGUUUUAGAAGGGGCUAAAGUAAGGCCCUUCCUCUCGUUUUCCUUCCAUCGACGUCGUCUGCACAUGUUCUGAUGUACAAAAUAUUUCAGAAUGUUCAAAAUAAUUAUUUCGUGUAUUGGUAGACACCCUUAUAUACCGUCUCUAAGGAACGCUUCACUGAAAACGUUCUUGUUUCCUUGUUACCUCUUGACGUAGUUACGUCGUCUGUAAGGUGCCUUGAUUUUUUUCUUUCGUUCUUUCCUCUUCUCCCUCCUUUUCCUUUUUCUUGUUUCCUUGUCUUUUCUUUCUUUUAACUUUUCUUUUCUUUCCUCUUCUUUCGUUCCAGUUGUUUUUUCUUAUUCUUGCAAAUCUACUUUUUCUCAAAAAUCGUUCUUCAUUCACCCGUUCCUUCUUUUAUUCAUGGUAGAGAUCUUUGGAAUUACCGAAUGAUUUUCCAGCCGAGGAAGUGUACGAAGCUUAUUUACAUCCUGUCGUUGACGAGUCGACGGAGCAAUUUGAAUGGGGAAAGCCAGACCUUCAUUCACUAAGAUUAUAUCCUCUGAAUUUGAAAAAUAAUAUUCUUGAGGCUUGCGUUUGUCUUGUUAUGUUUUUCGGGAUCGUCACCGUAAGAGAUGCAGAAGCGCGCUGAACUCCGGGUCGAAAUUUCUCGGUUUUGUCCUAGGAUGGGAUCUGCUUUUGUGUUUCUGAGUGAGACGCUUUUCCCUCGCAGUGCCUUUCUCCACUUAGGAGUGUAGAUUGGUACUGGUAAACUGUAAGAGAAACUUGACAAAACUCCGGGUGGAGGCCGGGGGAGGGAUUGGGUAACGUGAACCAAUAACUUGCGCCCUGUAUGAGAAGCUGAGUGCCACAGAAACCUUGACAUUUCAAAGGAAAAAAAAUUCUAGAUGGCAAACUUUACCCUUUGGCAGACAAAUUGUGAAAUUAUCAAACUCUCAAACUGCCCUACAAUCAAACAUUUAAACGUCAAUGGCCUGCAUUAUUAGAAAAUUUUCUGAUAUAAUUUUUGGAUUCUAUUUUACAUCAGUGUUAUUUUCCAUGGAAAACGGGUUCGAGCGUUCAAGUCUCUUUUGAAAAUAUUCUCCUUUUUAUAGAAGUGCGACAGAUUUUUCAGUAUUAUUCUUUAACGCGCUUACGUUCGCUUCGGACAAGUUUGGUUGGUCUUCUGCCAGAACAGAUGAAGUUCUCUUACCUGUGUUGAAACAACUUAACAAAGACGAGGUGGGUACCUUUCAAGCUUCAUAGUCGUAUGUUAAUGUGCCAUCAAUUCUGAUCUAGAGACCAAAACAAACUCCAAUUUUAACUCGUGGCUGUCAGGUUCGCUGUGCUGUGCAGACAUUGGUACAGUGCUAAUAUGGUCACGAAGAGUAAGGAGAGGUUUGCCGACAGUCGAUAUGAAGAUUUGUAACGAAUGUGCGAUUACCUCUUACAUUUAGCUAGGAUUGUGUCACGCAACAUGUUACCCCACACUGGUGUGACGUGACUGUCAGUAAAUGUGCCAUAGUGUGAAAUAUAAGUUUGUUUGGCUCGGUUUUGCUGUUGUUGUUGUUAUUUUUUGUUUUGUUUUUAUCAAAGGUUGAGAAGUGAAAAAACAAAAACAAUCAAACAAACAAACCGUUGCUUAUUUUGCUUGUUAAGGAAAAUUACAUCGUCACGUUUAUUUUUGUCUUCUUUGCUGUGUAGACCCAGAUGAAAAUAAACAACUAUUUUGAAGUAAAGUUUCAAGAAACAAGAACGGUCAAAAGCAAACGGGUCCAGCGAGUGUUGAACCGGAAGUUCAAUCCCAGCAGCAGCAACAGUGAAGACGGAGUUGAAAAUAGCAAAAAGGAAAGACAUCAUGGUGGUCAAACUCUUAGUAAAAAGAAAAAUGACAAAACGGAGCCAAACGAGCAAAAAAGAACCCUUUCAACAAAAAACAGCGCAAGUAAACAUGAUAACGAAGCCCACGCGAAGCGUGCGAAAAAGAGCGUUGAUGGAGAUAGCGCAUGCGCCCUUACGGAAACCCGCUCCUCGGGAAGAAAAAGAGGUCGCGGGCGCGGUCGAGGGAAGGCGCGGGAAAGGGCCGAGGCGAACGCUGAUUUAAGGUUGUCAGUUGCUCCAAGGUCGUCCAAUCAGGUAAAAAGGAAACAGCUCUAUCAGGAGAACAAGGAAAGAUCUCGGAGAACCCGUAGUCGAUCUUCGACAUCAGCUGACACUGAAAAAGAAACAUUUGCGGAUCAAAUUCUUGAAAAUGACAGAAAGAGAAAAAAACAGCAAAGUUUUGCUGUAAGCAAGAAGAAAAACGACGCAAAGUGCAUCGCCGAGGACGACGAUUCUACGUCGGACACAACAGACAGUGAGGAUAACAGCGAGAACUUUUACGCCGGACCCAAACCCGUGUCCGUAUUCGUCCGGGGGAGGGGUAGAGCGAAUAUUAGGCCCACGGGGAGGGCGUUAAGGCGAGGAAAAUGACUUCUGCGUUCAUGAUUCAUCAGUUUAUAAAUUAUUGAUAGUUUGAUUCGAUUUAACACUGGCUUCCAGAUUAAUUAGAUUUUGAGAGGUAAAUGACUUCGAUUAAUUAAUGUUGCCUCUCAAGAGGAAUGGAAAACGAAAAUGUUUUAAAACUAGCUCGAAUUAUUCAGAUACACCAAGUAAUCUCGUACCCAGAUCCUACCGUGUAACUUAAACGUAAGAUAGCCGCUUGGCCAUGGAAGGUCUGGGUACGAGACUAUGCACUCAGUUAAUAAGUAAGUUUUCUCUCAUCUCCCCUUUGAGCGGAAUACAAACCUAGACUUAAGAUCUUCCCUUUGAAAAUAUUUCUCUUGGAUAAUAGUAUAUUUAUAAGAAUAGUAAGCCACAGAUAAGAUAGAUCUAUUAUUUAUUUAAUAAUUUAUUCUUUACUCAACAAAAAAUAGAUGACAGCCAAACAAAAACUAAAUGCAAAGUAGUUAUUAUAUUAUUCCUAGUAAAGAACUCGUGAUAUACAAUAAUCUCGUACCCAGAUCCUACCGUGGACAACCGCUUAGCCGUGGAAGGUCUGGAUUCGAGACUAGAUAUGCAGAGAACAAAUUCAAGACGUGAUGUAUGCGCUCUUUAAGUGUCCCACCCCGAUGAAUUCAAAAUGUAGAGUAGUUAUGUGAAUUCUGAAGGACAAACUCGUGACAUGGAAACAUAACAUGCGACUGAUGGUAAUUUGCUUUCUCCACUAAGUCCAGGUGUCCAGUACUGGUAGAUUCAAAAAAGAGAGUCAUCGUCCUUUUAGCCUGUGUAAUGAGGUUCUUCACGGUUUAUUUAAAGCCAGACCUCCAAUAUUUAGUGAAAACUGCUUAGAAACAAAACGUGUAUUUAGAGAAUGUAUAGACAAAAGCGUGAUGUGUGGUGUUUUCUUUUGACAGCUGAACUUC